AGCUCGGGGAGCGCCGGCCGGAGCGCAGCUGGAGCGGCCGUGCGGUGUCCAGGCAGCGGCCGCAGGACGGCGGAGCAGUCCCAGCCAGCCGGCACCAGCGCGCGCGCGCUCGCUCCCUCGCUCGCUCGCUCGCUCGCUCACCGGAUCCCCGACGCGCGCCAGGGCGCAGCAGCGCGCGGAGCGCCUGCCUCCCCGGGUCCCCCUGCAGCGUCACCAUGCUGCCGCCACGGCUGUGCUGGCUGCCGCUGCUCGCCGCGCUGCUGCCGCCGGCGCCCGCGCAGAAGUUCUCGGCGCUCACGUUCUUGAGAGUCGAUCAAGACAAAGACAGAGACUGUAGCCUGGACUGCCCGAGCUCCUCUCAGAAGCCUCUGUGUGCCUCUGAUGGGCGGACCUUCCUGUCCCGAUGUGAGUUCCAGCGGGCCAAGUGCAAAGAUCCACAGCUAGAGAUUGCCCAUCGUGGGAACUGCAAAGAUGUGUCCAGGUGUGUGGCUGAGAGGAAGUACACCCAGGAGCAGGCCCGGAAGGAAUUCCAGCAAGUGUUCAUUCCGGAAUGCAAUGAUGACGGCACCUACAGUCAGGUCCAGUGUCACAGCUACACGGGGUACUGUUGGUGCGUUACACCAAAUGGAAGGCCCAUCAGCGGCACCGCCGCGGCCCACAAGACGCCCAGGUGUCCCGGUUCAAUAAAUGAAAAGUUGCCCCAGCGAGAAGGUGCUGGAAAAGCAGAUGAUGCGGCAGCCCCAGCAUUGGAGACUCAGCCUCAAGGAGAUGAAGAAGACAUUGCAUCACGUUACCCUACACUCUGGACUGAGCAAGUUAAGAGUCGGCAGAACAAGACUAAUAAAAAUUCAGUCUCCUCCUGUGACCAGGAGCACCAGUCUGCUCUGGAGGAAGCCAAGCAGCCCAAGAAUGACAACGUGGUGAUCCCCGAGUGUGCACAUGGUGGCCUCUACAAGCCAGUGCAAUGCCACCCAUCCACCGGAUACUGCUGGUGUGUGCUGGUGGACACUGGGCGGCCCAUUCCUGGAACCUCAACAAGGUAUGAGCAGCCCAAGUGUGACAACACAGCCAGAGCUCACCCAGCGAAGGCCAGGGACCUGUACAAGAACCGGCCACUGCAGGGUUGUCCUGGUGCCAAAAAGCAUGAGUUUCUGACAAGUGUCCUGGAUGCGCUCUCCACAGACAUGGUUCAUGCGGUCUCCGACCCCUCCUCCUCCUCUGGCAGGCUGUCAGAGCCAGACCCCAGCCACACCCUGGAGGAGAGGGUCGUGCACUGGUACUUCAAGCUGCUCGAUAAGAACGCCAGCGGGGACAUCGGUAAAAAGGAGAUCAAGCCCUUUAAGAGGUUCCUGCGGAAGAAGUCCAAGCCCAAGAAGUGUGUGAAGAAGUUUGUGGAAUACUGUGACAUGAACAAUGACAAGUCCAUCACGGUGCAGGAGCUGAUGGGCUGCUUGGGCGUCACCAGAGAGGAGGGUAAAGCCAACACCAGGAAGCGCCAUACCCCCAGAGGAAAUGCUAACGCUGAAAGUACUUCUAAUCGACAGCCCAGGAAACAAGGAUGAAUGGCUGAUUACUCCAGGCAGUUCCUAGACAUGUGGGAAUCUCCCUCACCAAAGAGCAAUUAAAAACAAAAAACAUAUAGUAUUUGCACUUUGUACUUUAAAUGUAAAUUCACUUUGUAGAGAUGAGAUAUUUAAACAGACUGUUUUGAUCUGUGAAAAAUGGAAGGCUGGCUUCGGGAAAUUAAUCACAUACAAUGUAUGUGUCCUUGUUGGACCUUCAAGAUCUGUGCCGGUGGGAUGGGUUUUGAAUGCAUUUCAACUUCACGUCCUUGUCCCUUUGUAAAGGGUCUUGCCCUUUCCUCUGCCUGCAGUCUCUGUUGGCUUGCUCCCAGCGCCCUUGAUGCAAACCACAGCCUGUCAUAUCCUUUUGCAAGGCCGUGCAAUUUACAUGCAUGGAUGGUCACCUGGUCUGUGGUUGCCUGUUCCAUGGAGUGUUGCUUUCUGGAGGUGUCGCUCACACUGUGGGGCACACAGGCACUAGUCCGAGCACAGCCUCAACUUCUAGUAGCCCUUGGUUGAGGCUGUGCAGUCAGACUCUGACAGACUCCAGUUUUAGCGUCUGCUUGAGUUUUGCCUCUGCUUGAGCCAAUCCUGCUGUUGAAUCUCCAGGGAGCUGAGUGGGCAGGUAGCCAGAGUCCUUCAGAGAGCAAACCUAACUCUGGCAGACUGGCUCCAUCUCGCUGGCACGAUGCCCAGUCCACCUGCCUCUCUUCUAAGCAGUUGUCCCAUCCUGCUGUGGCCCUCCCUGGGGUCCACCGGAAAGGAAGACUGUUUUCUGCAGAGAUCAUGGACCACAUCCUGAGGAAGGCACAGCUAGACUUCAUCGUUCCAACAGUACAGAACAAGAGGCAUCUAAGAACGUCUUCCGCUCUGUGGAGGCCGCCAGGGUUUGAGGGGAUUCAUCCAAGGCCUUUAUGGGGUGCACAGAAGGUCAAGAACUGGACAGCCACGCUGUGAGAGACUGGCCUGGCCAGUGUGUGUGGUUGGCUGCCACUCUCUGCCCUAGGUCAGUCUGUACUCACUGUUCUCAAGGAACAGUUGCAGAUGGGGGAAAGUUGGGGCCGUUCUCUCAAAUCGAUGGGGUUUUAUGUGGAAAACUGUUCAUGGUCCCCAGCCUCUUGAUAUAUGUCUGUGGAUGUUCACACACUCCAGAAAGCCUUUCUUUGCUCAUUUGAAUCGUGUCGAGGUAAGAACUGACCAGCUCAAGUGCAUGUCAGCAUUGUCUACAAAAGAAAAAAACAAAAAACAAAAAAAAAAUGUGUGAUCCCAACUGUUUUGGAUAAUCUUUUGUAUUUCUGAACUCUGAAUUUAAUCGUUUUUAUUAGAUUAAAAUAUGCUAUUAAA